UCCAUCAGCACACAUUUUUGGCAUGAACACAUUCACCUUUCUCUCCUUAUUUAAACAAUUCAUAUUCACAAAACCAAGAUUGUAAACACAUUUUCUCAGGGCUGUUCAUUUCAUAUAUUAUAGUCAAUCAUUUUUAAUAUGGAAGGAAUAAUAGAAAAUGCAAGAGUCCUGUUUGUUGCUAUUGUAUUUGUUUCACUGGCAUUGGAUGUCAAAGCACGACGGAUCCCUGCAGCGCCACCAUGUGAUUUUCCAGCAAUUUACAACUUCGGUGACUCAAACUCAGACACUGGAGGGAUAUCAGCUGCAUUUUGGCCUAUCCCUCCACCUUAUGGAGUCAGUUACUUUCAUAGGCCUGCCGGGAGAAACUCUGAUGGCCGUCUUAUCAUAGAUUUUAUAGCUGAGCACUUGGGGUUGCCGUAUUUGAGUUCAUAUCUGGAUUCAAUAGGAACAAAUUUUCGACACGGUGCAAAUUUUGCCACUGGGGGUUCAACCAUUCGUAUGCAGAACGAAAGCAUAUUUGAGAAUGGCAUAAGUCCCUUCUCACUUGAUAUCCAGACUAUGCAGUUUGAUCAAUUCAAAGCCCGAACCAGUGAACUAUAUCAUCAAAGUGAGCUUAAACUCAUGCAAGAUAAUAUUUUCUUAGAUCCAUCUUCAGCUAGAAAACUUCCAAGGCCAAAGGAAUUCUCCAGGGCUCUCUACACAUUCGAUAUUGGGCAGAACGAUAUUGCUGCUGGUUUCAGAAAGCUAACUAUGCCUCAGCUUCGAGCUGCGAUUCCAGAUAUUGUUGAUAAAUUUGGUGCAGCAAUUACACGAUUGUAUCAGCACGGGGCGAGGGCUUUCUGGAUUCAUAACACAGGACCUAUUGGAUGUCUGCCAGCAGCCAUGUUUUAUGUCAGCAAUCCGAGCAAGCCUGGUUUCUUUGACAAGUAUGGAUGCAUUAGGAGUCAUAAUGCCAUUGCUCUUGAGUUCAACAGGCAGCUUAAAGCUAGAGUUAACACAUUGAGGGCAGAGCUCCCCCAUGCUGCCCUGACCUAUGUCGAUAUCUACUCAGCCAAAUAUCACUUAAUCAGCAACACAAAAAUCUACGGAUUCAGGGACCCUUUCAAGAUAUGCUGUGGACAUCACAAAAACAACAUUCACGUCUGGUGUGGGCAGAGAGUAGUGAUCAACGGCUCGGAAAUCGUGGGUGCCGCUUGUGGCUCUCCAGCAGCAUGUAUAAGUUGGGACGGGGUGCAUUACUCUCAGGCAGCUAAUCACUGGAUUGCCAAUCGCAUAGCCAACGGCUCAUUUUCUGAUCCUCCAAUGCCCAUUGCCCAUGCAUGUCUUAAGCAUUGAGCAUAUAGUCCACAUUAUAGCAAAUAUUCAUGAAAAUGUAACUUCCAGUUUUUUACUACUCAUUAUGCUUAUCCUUAGCUCAAUCAGAAGCAUCUGUCGGGCAGUGUUACCGCUGAAAUCAUAAAACUGAGUUGGUGUGCAAUCAACUUAACUGGCAACUUAUAAAUGUUCAUCUAAA